UUAUGGCAUUCAGACAAACACAAACUGUGUUGUGGAGUUCAUAGCACAGUAUUCUGUUCUAAGGCAAGAACAAUAGGACUUUGGAUAGGAGCGAUGGAAAAACAGAUAGUCUUGUCAAAUAUACCGGACAUGGUUCACUCUGUUACAAAUUUCAUCUUUUCCAAAGAAGAGCCGAAGCCCGGAGAUAUGAUCCACUUCCAGCGAGCUCUAUAUCAGCAUUGGGGAAUCUACGUGGGAGAUGGCUAUUUGAUUCAUUUCACAUUGCCAGAUUGGGACGAAACAAUCAAGGAAGUCCUAGCUGGGAAGACCCUGAAAGCCACAAUACGAAAGGACCCCCUAAAAGUUGUGGGGGGUAACCUUCCCUAUGGUGUGUACAACCAAUAUGACAAACAACAAUCUCCGUUAUCAGCUGAAGAGAUAGUAAAGAGGGCUGAAAGUCUGUUGGGGUUACAGCUGCCAUACAAUGUUAUGAAAUCUAACUGUGAGCAUUUUGCCACUAUGAUGAGAUAUGGAACACCACAAGAAGGACAGGCAGGAUGGCUUGGUUUCACCGCAGACCCCGAAUUUGUGAGCCAAAUAAUACAAAAAUUAAGAGAGGGGAUUAAGGAGAAUGACCACUGCUGCCAAAACGAUUUAGAGUUUUAAAGAAGGUCUUCAAAAGUCACAAAUUGGCAUAAGCUGGAUCUGAAACAUAUUUUAGAAUGAAGCAGCAGUUUGUAUUUUCUUGCUUUUGAAAAAUGGAAAUAUCAACCACAAUUUCCUAGAUGUCAUCCCUGAACCACAUCGACAAAAUCUAUGCCUUAAUGGCAUUGAAAAACUCUUGAAAACAUGUAUCUGUUUCUCUUGUCCCACCAUCCACCUCUCCUAGCUGUCAGGGUGAUAAAACAUUAAAUAGUGCAACAAAUUAAUCAUUUCCAAUAUGGGAGUACAUGUCUGCUUAGUAUGUGAUCACAAUACAACAAUAUAAGAAAGACAUUCAAAUUAUUUUUAUGAAGCAACUGUCAUCUAGAGGGAUGGGACAGGGAUGGGGGAAUCUUCAGCUCCCAGAAACCUUUGUAAUUGGCUGAUAAGGGAGGUUUAAUGUCCAAAACAUCCAAAUAAUACAUUUGCCACUCCUAAAGCAAAAUCAUGAAUAUAGUGCUUAAUCUAUAACACACUGUCAAUCCAGGCCUGUUGUGGCCAGUCCAGUUUGCCCUUCACAUUUGCAGGUUUUACUUUCGAAGAUUUGCUUUUUUGCGGAAUUCAUUAAAAUAUUAUCUCUAUGCCUAAUUUCUGUUUCUUUUUCCGUGAUCUUAUAAAUCUAGUUUUACAGCUAAGACUACUGCCAAUUUAUGCUGGUCUGGGCUUUCUGGUUAUAAGGUUUGCAGAUAUAGAGCUGUAAAAAGCUGAAUUUCCCACUGUGCCUUUCUGCAAAUAGAUAGAUGAUGCAUUUCUUUUGCUAUAGAUUCUCUCCUAUUCAAGUAAAUUAGACACAUCAGUCUAUUAAAUUAGUUUAAGCUAGAAAAAUUUUUUGUUGUUGUUACUGGAAAGUUAUGAUCUGUGUUCAUGUCAAUAAAUAUACAUGCAAAAGGAAA